GGCGGUGAGGGAGGAGUUACGGAGUUUGAGCUCUGGGUUUGAGGGCCACCCGGACUCGUCAUGGCUGUGUCAGUCAGAGCAGGUCGCGCGCACAGAGCCUUUAUUUCAGUCACACAGCGAUGCAGCCACAGCAGCACUGCCCUCAAACCUCAGUAUGACGCAGUUAUUAUCGGUGCAGGUCACAAUGGCCUCAUUGCUUCAGCAUAUCUGCAGAAGGGAGGCCUGAGAACAGCAGUGCUGGAGCGCAGACAUGUGCUUGGGGGAGCAGCUGUGUCUGAAGAGAUCAUUCCAGGGUUUCACUUCUCCAGGGCCUCCUAUCUGCUUAGUUUAUUACGUCCACACAUCUACCAGGACCUGGAGCUUAAGAAACAUGGCCUGAAGGUUUACAUGAGGGACCCCUAUUCAUUUACCCCCAUGCUGGAGGAUGGUGUAGGAGGGCGACCACCGCGGUCUUUACUGCUCGGAUCUGACCUGACAAAUACGCGGCAAGAGAUUGGCAAAUUCUCUGAGAAAGACGCCAAGGUGUAUCCUGAUUUUUUACGCUAUUUGGAAACACUGGCCUGCGCCAUCCACCCACUGUUAGACGCUCCACCCGUUGACAUUCCAGGUCUGACUCAGGGCUCUUUGACAAAGAGAUUAUCUGCCCUGAGGAGCUUGAAACCUUUGGUGAAGUCUGGGUUGAAGCUGGGGAAGAAUAUACCAGAUUUCUAUGAACUUGUUACAGCUCCAGCUAUGAAGGUGCUCAAUCGUUGGUUUGAAUCAGAGCCGUUGAUAGCUACAUUAGCCACUGACUCUGUGAUCGGAGCAAACACGAGCCCAAAUAAUCCAGGAAGUGGGUAUGUCCUGCUGCACCAUGUCAUGGGUGAGCUGGAGAAAGAAAAAGGCUCCUGGGGUUACGUGGAGGGAGGAAUGGGUGGAGUGCCUCAAUCCAUCGCCCGCUCCGCCCGCUCUCUUGGAGCAGAUAUUUUCACAAACACAGAUGUCGAACAAGUCCUUAUUGGUCCGGAUGGUUCUGCUAAGGGUGUAGUGUUGACAGAUGGAACUGAAGUCCAUAGUAAAGUGGUUUUGUCCAACGCAACUCCUCAUGUCACCUUCAAACGUCUCACACCGCAGGAUGCCCUGCCAGAGGCUUUCAUCACAGCUGUAGAUCAAAUUGACUACACCUCUCCUGUUACCAAGAUAAACGUGGCUGUAGACAAGCUGCCAGAUUUCUUGGCUGCUCCGAAUGGCGCGGAUGGAAAAGCGGGUCCUCAUCAUCAGUGUUCAAUCCACCUGAACUGUGAGAGCGUGGAGGUGCUGGAAGACGCUUAUUGGGAGGGUCAGCAUGGUCGGCCAUCCUCCAGGCCCAUGAUAGAAAUGACCAUUCCCUCAGUGCUGGAUCCCACUCUAGCGCCGCCUGGAUGUCACGUGGUGUCACUUUUUAUACAGUUUACACCAUAUUUGCUUGAGGGUCGCCGUGCUUGGACUGAUGAGGAUAAGGAGAGGUUUGGGGACACAGUAUUCGACUGGGUUGAGCGUUACGCACCAGGAUUUAAAGCCUCAAUAGUAGGCAAAGACAUCCUGACCCCUGCUGAUCUGGAGAGGGUCUUUGGUCUCACCGGAGGGAAUAUUUUCCAUGGCUCAAUGUCGUUGGAUCAGCUUUACCUGGCGAGGCCUUUGCCCUCUAUCGCAGACUAUCGCUCGCCCGUCAAAGGAUUGUACUUAUGUGGCAGUGGCAGCCAUCCAGGUGGAGGUGUUAUGGGUGCAGCCGGCUGGAGUUCAGCUCUCAGAGUUUUGGCAGAUUUCAAGAGACUGUAAUCCUGGAUUUCCAUAAGGAAAAUUUUACUUGCCGAUUGAGUAUUUUUAAUUGGAAAAGAGAUGAGGAGAGACAUUUCACGCAAAAAUGAAACUUCUGUCAUCAUUUAAUCUGCCUCGACUUGCUUCUAACCAGUAUGAGUUUUUUUUGUUUCUGUCGAACAAAGAGGAAGAUAUUUGGAAGGAGGGCUGUGCGAUAUGAAAAAAAAUCUUAUAUCACGAUAUAAGUCUUCUCACAUUCUUCUAUGACUUGAGUAAUUUUUCUCAGAAAUUGUAAUUUACUAAGUAGUUUUAAAAGUGUAAGUAAGUAAUGUGGAUUUAUAUAGCGCAUUUAUUGUGUAUGGCCAUACACCUAAAGUGCUUCACAAUCAUGAGAGAGGGUCUCUCCACACCACAACAAGUGUGCAACAUCCACUUGGAUGAUGCGAUGGCAGCCACAGGACAACAGCGCCAGUGC